CAUCUGCCUUCCCCUCCCGUCGCAUCCCAUCCCAGCAGCGUUCCCUCGGCUCCCUCGGUCCACCAUGUCUGCCCCUCAACGCAAGAAGGUUCUCUUGAAGGUCAUCAUCCUGGGCGAUAGCGGUGUCGGGAAGACAUCUCUGAUGAACCAGUAUGUCAACCAGCGAUUUAGCAACCAGUACAAGGCCACCAUUGGCGCCGAUUUCCUGGUCAAGGAUGUCCUUGUGGACGACCGAAUCGUCACUAUGCAGAUUUGGGAUACCGCUGGCCAGGAGCGAUUCCAGAGCUUGGGUGUAGCCUUCUAUCGCGGCGCCGACUGCUGCAUUCUCGUCCACGACGUCAACAACCACAAGAGUUUCGAAAACCUGGAGUCUUGGCGAUCCGAGUUCUUGCUCCAAGCCAGCCCUCGAGACCCUGAGAACUUCCCCUUCGUCGUGCUCGGAAACAAGAUCGAUCUUGAAGAAGCCAAACGCCAGGUCACCUACAAGAAGGCCGCUGCAUGGUGUCAGUUCAAGCGCAACAUCCCGUACUUUGAGACCAGUGCCAAGGAGGCUCUCAAUGUCGAGCAGGCCUUCCUCACUGCUGCCCGAAACGCCUUGCAGCAGGAGACCGACGUCGAGUUGUACAGCGACUUCCCGGAUCCCAUCCGAAUCGACAGAGACUCUUCUGCCGUCAAAGAAUCGGGCUGCAGCUGCUAGAAGAUGGGCGUCAUUGAAGGCGUCGGUGCGCCACCACAGGCCCUCUGACGACCACCCAGUCAUAUCAACCAAUACCGAUCCGACCCACACCAAAGCCAACACCAGAACCAGAACCAGAACCAAAACCAAAACCAACACAACCUCCUGGGCUGGCUCGUCAGCCUCGUGCUGGAAAAGAGCCGCCUGAUGCCACGCACUCCAAAUACACCACGAAUAAAUGCUUGUCCCUUUGCUUUGAUUUCCCUCCU